AACCAUAUUACACUAUGCACGCGAAAAACAAACAAACAAACACCACCACAUGAUGUUGGCCGUCCAUCUCCGAAAAACCCUAAUUCAAAUUCUCAAUCUUUCCGUUCUUCUUAAACCUUAUUUCAAUCGCUUUUUACUUUUUACUCUUUCACUUUUUCUCUUCACAAUUUCCUUCCUUUUUCUCUGAUUCCUUCACCCAUUCUAUUCAUAAGAACGAAAAUUAAUUUGGGGUUCUAACAAUGGCGACGGUAGUUGAAGGAGGACAGAGAGUUUUGAAUAAUCAACAAUCACAGAGUGGAACGGUUUCUCAGCUUCUUGCUGGUGGUGUUGCUGGUGCUUUUGCAAAAUCCUGCACUGCUCCUCUUGCUCGACUCACCAUUCUUUUUCAGGUGCAAGGUAUGUAUUUUGAUGUGGGCCAUGUCGCAGCACUGAGAAAACCUAGCCUUUUGUACGAGGCUCAACGUAUUGUCCAUGAAGAAGGAUUUCGAGCAUUUUGGAAAGGAAAUUUGGUGACAAUAGCUCAUCGUCUCCCUUAUUCCGCAGUCAAUUUCUAUACCUACGAAUGCUACAAGAAUCUAUUGCAUUCUGCUUUGGGGGAGAAUCAUAGAUCAAAGGCUAGUAGUGAUGUCUUUGUGCAUUUUGUUAGUGGUGGUUUGUCAGGCAUGACAGCUGCUUCAGCCUUGUAUCCUUUGGAUUUAGUUAGAACACGACUUGCAGCACAGAGAAAUGUCAUAUACUACAGGGGAAUCUCACAUGCAUUUAGUACCAUUUGCAGAGAAGAAGGGUUCUUUGGAAUGUAUAAGGGACUUGGUGCAACAUUGUUGGGUGUUGGGCCUAGCCUAGCUCUAAGUUUCUCCGUUUACGAGAGCAUGCAUUCUUUUUGGAAGUCUCAAAGGCCGAAUGAUUCUCCUGCCAUGGUUAGUCUCGCUUGUGGAAGUCUUUCGGGCUUUGUAUCAUCAACAGCCACAUUUCCACUGGACCUUGUAAGGCGAAGGAUGCAGUUAGAAGGGGUUGGUGGUCGAGCACGUGUCUACAAUACUAGUUUGUUCGGGACAUUUGGUCACAUAUUUCGUAAUGAAGGGAUACGAGGAUUAUAUCGAGGCAUUUUGCCCGAGUACUACAAGGUUGUUCCCGGCGUUGGCAUUGUCUUUAUGACUUAUGAGACAUUGAAGUCCCUUCUAAACAGCUUUCAAAGUCGUUAGCACACAGCAUUUUCCGUCAUAUAUGAUAGGCAUCACCUAUGAAGCACGCACACUUCUCGGAUUACGUGUGUCGCAGUGUCUGACAUGCUUCGGUGUCCUACAUUGACACAUAAAAUUACAUUGAAUUAUGACAUUUUUUUCAAAUUAUUAUCGGUGUUGAUGUGUCGAUGUCUGUGUAUGUGCUUCAUAGGGCAUCACUUCAGUUAUAUACUUGGUAGGAAAUUUUGUAGUGUUGGAUUCCAUAUUUUGUAGCCAGUCACAUUUUUGUCCACGUAUAGUUAGUUUUAACUGAGAGUGAGCAAGAUCAAUUGUACCAAAGAAAAGUUUAAGAUGAAAAUCUUUGUAGUUCAUGAUAAUGAAAGGUUAGUAGCUGCAAUUUAUACCAAUUUAUAUCAAAAUGGCCCGUUUAUGUGGUCUGUUCUAGUGGAA